CCGGCCCUGACCUGGCGUGUCAUUUCGUGGCUGCUUCCCUGGAGCGCCCGCUUCCCUCCCCUUCUCCCCCGCGAGAGUCAGGAGGCCGUCGGUGACCCCGAGAGAGCGAGGCCCUGGCGGCCCCACGCCCCACCUUCAGCUCGACUCCUCGGGUUGCCGGGCCCCAUGGCUCUCACGCUCCCCCCCUGAGCUCUCACCCUCUCUAAGGGUGGUGUAUAUCUCAGAAGCGCGAGCUUCCCUUCCCGUGCCUAGUGAGCCGGAUGGGGUACCCGUCCCGGGGAUCCCGCCCCCUGGGGCCGUCUGCCUCUCUGGACUCUGUGCACGCACGGUGAGAUGCAGGAGUCACCAGUUUUUAUUUUUGUUUUUGUUUUUUUUCGAGGCAGGAUUUCUCUAUUGUUUUGGAGGCUGUCCUGGAACUCGCUCUGUAGACCAGGCUGGCCUCGAACUCACAGAGAUCUGACUCCCGAGUGCUGGCAUUAAAGGAUUAGUUUCUAAUGUUUGUGUAAGACAAAAAAAAGAAAAGGAUGUCAUUCCGUAAAGUAAACAUCAUCAUCUGGGUCCUGGCCGUUGUUCUCCUCUUACUGGUUUUGCAUCAUAACUUCCUGAGCUUGAGUAGUCUGCUAAGGAAUGAAGUUUCAGAUUCAGGAAUUCUGGGGCUUCAGCCCAUAGACUUUGUUGCCGACAUUCAACAUCCAGUAAAUGGGAGACAAGAGGAGAUUCCUGUGGUCAUUGCUGCCUCUGAAGACAGGCUGGGUGGGACAAUUGCAGCCAUAAAUAGCAUCCAUCGUAACACUCGCUCCAAUGUGAUUUUUUACAUUGUUACGCUCAACAGUACAGAAGGCCAUCUCCGGUCCUGGCUUAACAGUGUUUCCCUGAAAAGCAUCAGGUACAAAAUUGUAAAUUUUGACACUAAACUUUUGGAAGGGAAAGUAAAGGAGGAUCCUGACCAGGGGGAGUCCAUGAAACCAUUAACCUUUGCAAGGUUCUACUUGCCAAUUCUGGUUCCCAGUGCAAAGAAGGCCAUAUACAUGGAUGAUGAUGUAAUUGUACAAGGGGAUAUUCUUUCUUUGUACAAUACACCACUGAAGCCAGGACACGCUGCUGCAUUUUCAGAAGAUUGUGACUCCACCUCUACUAAAGUCAUCAUCCGUGGAGCAGGGAACCAGUACAAUUAUAUUGGCUAUCUUGACUAUAAAAAGGAAAGAAUUCGUAAACUUUCCAUGAAAGCCAGCACCUGCUCCUUUAAUCCUGGAGUUUUUGUUGCAAACCUGACUGAAUGGAAAAGACAGAAUGUAACUAACCAGCUGGAGAAAUGGAUGAAACUCAAUGUAGAAGAGGGACUGUACAGUAGAACACUGGCUGGCAGCAUCACCACACCUCCUCUGCUUAUCGUGUUUUAUCAACAGCAUUCCACCAUUGACCCUAUGUGGAAUGUUCGCCACCUUGGUUCCAGUGCUGGAAAACGGUAUUCACCCCAGUUUGUAAAGGCUGCCAAGUUACUUCACUGGAAUGGUCACUUCAAGCCUUGGGGAAGAGCUGCUUCAUAUGCUGAUGUUUGGGAAAAAUGGUAUAUUCCAGAUCCAACUGGCAAAUUCACUUUAAUCCGAAGACAUGUGGAUACCUCAAACAUAAAGUGAACUACAAUUAAGCUAAAUGUUGCACUCAGGAAAUCCUGGAAGACACAUCAUAUGCGAAGUCAACAGUGUUAGGCUUAGGUCUCUCUGUAGCAGCCCACAGAAAAGGGGAGAGAUCACAAAUUGCUUCUAUAGCAGUCAGCUUCCCAGAUGACUAAAAUGUUUCCAUCUGCCUUACCAAAUGUUUGCUGGUUGACCUAAAGGGACAAACUGAUAAAACCAUCACUAGUUCAUUUAGCAGCUGUAGUUAGGAGGAACUGCAGCUUCACUUUAUUUUUGUAACAUGUGGCCCAGUUUGUAAAUAAAAUCUACCUUUUCCAAUAAA